AACAUAGUCUGCUCAGGAGCGUUGCAAUGCUGGAUCGUUCGUAUGGCGCCUUGGAAGACAAGGACGCAAGAAGGCACAUAAAUGAUACAUACACGGCGCUCAGGAGGCAUCGAUAAUGCUGGCAACCGGCCUAUUCAAAACUACUGCGCAGCAGCACGCGGUGUACGUAUACCGUUCUCAAGCACGGAGUGCAUCGGGCGGAAAAGCACCACGUUUGUGGCAAGUCUGACGUCAGGAACAAUGGGCUUGUAUUUUUGCUGGCUCUUGGUGCUCUCUGCAGCAGCAACUGCGCUGGCCGCGACUCCACUUUCCGCAAUGGUCAACGAACAGGUGGACUGCGUGCUCCGGAGCGGUGAACUGUGCAAGUUCGAGGAUGAGGACGGCAGCUGCGACGACCUUGCGGGGCCCAUCAAUAUGUGGAGUGGCGCUGCGUCUUCCUGUCAUUCCCAGUUCUACGAAGGCUACAUCACCAAUCUGGAGCAGGGUAUUCGGCGGACGGGCGACUGCGCCUCCGAUCCACACGACCCUAACGUGGUCACGUGCGAACUAAGCUUCGUCGACGUCGAGCUGAACUACCGCUGGCUCUUGCUGAGGGGAAAUCCCGAGAUGGAGGGGGACGAGCAUUCGGCGCAGCCAGACGCACACAUCGAAGCGGGAAACUUGAAAGUCACGCUGACCGAAGGAUCGGGACUGCUGUUGCUGGAGGAGGAUGUCGCGUACGGCGACUUCCAGGCUACGUCAUUCGAGGCGGACACAAUCGAGAUCGGCGAGUUGGUAUUCGACAACUCCACCGUCAUUUGUAACGGGCAGGUGAUCGACACGAACGAGGAAGCGUUUCAGGUCCAGCUUCGAAAAGCGCUGCUUCUAAGGAUCGAUGAAUACAUCAGCGGUGGGCGGUUCGUCGACGCCUUCAACGAAGCGCUUGAGGAGGAGUAUAAGUAAGCGCUGGAAAUUGUUCGCUGAUUUAAAGGGGGCGUUGUAUUCUUGUACCUCCUGCGCUUUUGAUUUUCUUGUUUGCAACGCCCACCAACCUGGGCGAAUAAAUGCAGUGGAUCGUGCUGUGUC